UUUUCUCUGAACUGAGUGUUUUCAGUUUUCAUACCCAACAAUGGUCGAUGUUUGAUGAGUUGGCUUGAUGCAUAAUGAAUUUUUGGAGUGUUCUAAUAAUUUCGGUGGUUUAUUUCUACACCAGGACCACAGGUUUAAUUCCCCAAAAAUUACCAGAAUCAUGGAAAUGUGCGGAUCCCAAGUGUUCAGUGCCGAUUUCAGAAGCGAAGCCGGUUCUGAAACAAUACAACAGUUUGAGAAAUCUAUCUCUAAGAAAAGAUCAAAAAGUAAUUAUCUACGGCAAAGGAUCAAAAACUUAUGACGUGGAGGUGGAUGGAAAACGAGGACAUAUCCCCAAGACCGUUGUCAUGGAAACCAGAGUAUUAGUAAGGGACGCGGAUCUCAAGCAUGUUGUCACCGCAGAGAGCAUAGAUGCCCCCAUGGACAGGGCUAAUAGGGUUGAAGUUAAUGUCAAAGUUUCUUCAAUGGAGCCAGCUAUAGAUAUCGUCAAUCUCACGCCUGAAAUGCCGCCUCCAGUUAUGCAAGGCGCUUUCCUAUUGGCUGGAGCUGCCGCUGAUUCGUCAUUGCCGAAAGUCCCCUAUGCACCCGGAGCGAGCUCUACAGAGGACGACAAAAUUCCCGCUGAGGUGCGUGAGGAUGUGAAGGAAGGGCUUCCCAGAGAUGGUCUUGAUUCUGAGGAUAAUUUCACUGAUACAUUAGAAACUGUUCAAAAUGAGCCUCCUGAAAGUAUGAACAAUAUUGAAGCCACUACAGUUAAGGAUAGUGCUGAAGUUGGAGAUUUAAAUGAAGGACUAGCUGAUGAUAAUGUACCUCAGAGUGCUGUAAAAGAAAUUGAGGAUACAAAUGCUGCCGAAAAAGAACCGGUCCAAGUUGCAGAUGAUGCCUCUGUAGGUUAUGGGGGUAGUUUGUUUGGAUUUUUGGGAUCCGCUCUAGAUUCUAAAGAGGAUGACGAAGAAGAAGAUGGAGAAGAUAUGGAGAGGGAAGGUGCUGAAGAUAUGGAGAAACUAGAAGGAACAGAUGUGGAGAAAGAAGAGGGAACUGCAGAGAAACAAGAUGAAAUUGUCAGAAAAGAAGCUGUUGAAAGUGCUGGAGAUCCCAGUGCUGAAGAUGUCAACUUCACUGGAAACUUGGAAGUGCCAGAAACUGUGAACUUGAAAAACGAAGUGUUUGAUAGCGUCAAGCUACCGGUGGGUAUUGAAAUUGAUGUAGGCGCUGAAAAAGACAACAAUGGCAGUCAACAGGAAGAUACAUUUAGCAAUUUCACUGAGAAAGAAGGUAAACUUGGUACUGUAGAAGCCGAGAGAAUAGUUGAAGCUAGCAAUUUUACUGAAAAACAAGAGAUACCUGACUCACAAGCUCAGAGAAUAGUUGAAUCUACACUAGAAAAAACACAAACUGAGAAGGUUGUAGACAGUAAGCUUGGAGAAAUACAACCCGAGAAUAUUGUGGAAUCUGUCGAAAAAGUUGUGGAAAGUACAUUAGAACAAGUUCAACCCGAGAAAAUUGAAGAAUCUGUCGAAAAAGUUGUGGAAAGUACAUUGGGAGGAGGAAUACAACCUGACAAAAUUGUAGAAUCCGUCGAAAAAGUUGACAAUCCAGAUUUGAAUGUAAGUGGAGUUAUGGAGGGUGAUAAUGCUACUGAAGUGGUGGAACCAGUGGAGAUAGGAGGAACUUAUGAAGACAAAAUUGGUGGGGUGCCAAAAGAUGAAGUAAAGAUUGGUGGUAUGUAUAGUGGGGUACCAAAAGAUGAAGUAAAGAUUGGUGGUAUGUAUAGUGGGGUGCCAAAAGAUGAAGUGAAAAUUGGUGGUAUGUAUGGUGGGGUGCAAAAAGAUGGAGAAAAUAUUGGUGGUAUGUAUAGUGGGGUACCAAAAGAUGGAGAACAGAUUGGUGGUUUGUAUGGUGGGGUACCAAAAGAUGAAGUAAAGAUUGGUGGUGUGUAUAGUGGGGUGCCAAAAGAUGGAGAAAGGAUUGGUGAUAUGUAUAGUGGGGUGCCAAAAGAUGGAGGAAAGAUUAGUGAUUUGUAUGGUGGGGUGCCAAAAGAUGGAGAACAGAUUGGUGGUAUAUAUGGUGGGGUACCAAAAGAUGAAGAAAAGGAGGAAGAAGAAGGUAGAGGAGGAAGGGUGAAACGUGACUUCAUGUAUCAACAGAACCAGUAUGCCUACAACACACCUCCCAAUUAUCAACAGCACCAACAUAAUAAUUAUGGAGGCCGGAUGAAUGAUUAUAAUAACAACAAUUACAGACAAUAUCGAACAGACUAUCCCAACGCUUAUGCUUACCAACAUCAGCAUGGAAAUAUGCAUCAUCAUAAUAUGGAAUCGAGCAUGCAUCAUCAAAAUAUGUACCAAAGCACUCAGCAACCUUCCAAGGUGGAACCUAGUACAGUUGGGACCAUUAAACCUAGUGCUUCCGUCACCAGUAGUCAAGAGACUCUAACAACUACUGAGGAACCUCCAGUGACUGAUAAGCAAGAUUAUGAGGAAGUAACUAAGAAAGAAGAUGUUAAGGAUGUAAAUAAGGAACAAGAUUAUGAGGAUGUAAUUAAAAAACAAGAUUCUGAAGAUAUUUCUAUAGAAGUUGAUGAUCAUUCAGGUGAAAUGGUGACCGAAAAUGUAGAAACUAGUACAGAAAUUUUGCCUACCAGUUCAGAAGCUACAAUCUCUGAAACAGUUGAAGUAACAGAUAGGCCACAAGUUGAAAUAGAGGAAGACAAAGAACACCUGACGACACAGCCUCCUAGAGAAGAGAUUAUUGUCAAUCUAGACGAAGAGGCAGAAUCUGAGAGUGGGUGGUUCAGUAUGAAAGCUAUCACAGACUUGUUCGCUUCUAAAGAAUCUGUUGAGGAUCCAAAGUCAACUGCUGAUGACGUAACGACAUCGUCCAUGCCUUCAAGUGAGGAGGAACCUAAACUAACAGAUGGAAAGUGUUCAAGUGAUGAUGUGGCAUGUAAACUGGACAAUUUGGAGGAAAAGCUAUUGCAUGGAGAUCUUCCAUCGGAUCCAUUCAUCUCGGAAAGUGACGAGCUGCUUGGGGCAUUAAUGGACGGUUUACAAAAAACUUCGAGUGGUCCUAUUUUUUGCUUGAUUGUUACUGCCUGUGCUGUUGUUGGAUUUUCAUUGGGUUACAAUUUUAUUGAGAAUCGUAAACGAGAAGGGGAGCUUGUAGCUAAAAUAAACUCUUUGGAGAAGGCGAAUCUAGUUGAAAAGAAAGAAAAGAACCAGUUGAAAGACAAACUGUUGCAUGUGAGCGAAACGUCAACUCUAAACACCGAAGCUGAGUCGAGCUAUUUAUCACAAAUAGCUGCUCUAACUGAGGAGAAAAAUACUCUAUUGGCUGAGAAACGUGACCUUGAAGAUCAGCUGAUGGAAACCGAGCGUGACCUUCAAACGGCGACCGAAUCCAACCUGGAGAUGAACAAUCUGCUGUCUGAGUCGCUGUCCACUCCCGACGGAUCCACUGUGCUCCUCGAGACGGUCGACAAAACUCAAGGCCAAAUUGGAAAAUCAGAAUAUGGAAAUGAAGGAGCUGAACCGGCUUCUCAAUGAGAAAUCUGAAGAGAUAGACAGCAUCCGGAAAGAACUGAAGGCCAAUCAAGAAGCCAAGAAAUCACUGCAAGAAAAAUUGACCACUCUGAAACGCGACAAUGAUGAGGAGAUGCUGCAGCUGAAAGAAUCUAAUCGAGAUCUCUCUACUCAACUGGAUGACGAGGAAGAACUGAAUAAUUUAUAUGAUGUAGCCAGUGUCACCGGAAAAUUGACACAGGCUGAGGCAGAAAGAGACUGUUUCAAGGAAAAAUUUCUCGAAGAGGAGGGUGCCCGAAAACUACUUGAAGGUCAUGUGCAAGUUAUAAGUCAAGAAGUGGCCUCCUUGAAAGAAAACUACGAAGCGGCCGAAAAGGA